GCGAUCCCUUUGGAUCCGCCUUAGGUGCUGUGUACAGAAUACAGUGACAGCAUCACCUUUGUAGCGGGGCUCCGCACUACAGUUCCCAGCAUGCUCCACAGCGGGAGGGCGGGGCCAGGCCGGAGAAUCGGUGACCGCCCGGUGUGUAUGUAGCUGUGUGCUGUGAGCGGCCAGUGCUGUGUAUACUGGGAGCUGUACGGAGCCGGGUGUACAGAGCGCUCAGUCCGGACCUAGGUGGGAGGUGAUAGGACUCACUGAUGCAGAUGGGAGUUUCCAGGAAGUCCAGUGGCCAUAUUGGAUCCCAUUGAGAUCUAUGAGCUGGGAUUGCAUCAAUUCACAAGAACACAGCAACCAGGGACACAGUGCCGGGGACUGAGCCUUGCAGAGACACCAUGGCAGCGACUGAUGUGGAGCGAUGCAGUAAUGACGAAAAACGGAGCCUGGCACUGGGAGGCCAUGUGGGUUUCGACAGUCUUCCGGAUCAGCUUGUUAGUAAAUCUGUCACCCAAGGCUUCUGCUUCAAUAUCCUCUGCGUGGGUGAAACCGGUAUUGGAAAGUCCACAUUAAUGAACACUCUCUUUAACACAACGUUUGAGACGGAAGAAGCCAGCCACUAUGAGAAUGGAGUUUGUUUACGACCACGGACAUAUGAACUUAUGGAAAGCAAUGUACACCUGAAACUGACGAUUGUGGACACCGUGGGCUUUGGGGACCAGAUCAACAAAGACGACAGUUACAGGUCAGUCGUUGACUACAUCGAUACUCAAUUUGAGAAUUAUCUCCAAGAAGAGUUGAAGAUCCGGCGAUCCCUUUUUAACUUCCAUGACUCUAGGAUACAUGUCUGUCUGUACUUCAUUACACCAACUGGGCACUCCCUGAAAUCUUUAGAUCUGGUCACCAUGAAGAAGCUGGAUAGUAAGGUGAACAUCAUUCCCAUAAUUGCUAAAGCGGACACAAUAUCUAAGAGUGAACUCCACAAGUUCAAAAUCAAGAUUAUGAGUGAGCUGGUUAGCAAUGGUGUCCAGAUUUACCAAUUCCCGACUGAUGACGAAGCGGUGGCUGAGAUUAACUCUGUAAUGAAUGCUCAUCUCCCAUUUGCUGUAGUUGGGAGCACAGAAGAAGUGAAAGUUGGGAAUAAGCUGGUGAGAGCCAGACAGUACCCAUGGGGUGUUGUUCAAGUUGAAAAUGAGAGUCACUGCGACUUUGUGAAGCUGAGGGAAAUGCUGAUCCGGGUCAAUAUGGAGGAUCUCAGGGAACAGACGCAUACGCGCCAUUAUGAGCUGUACAGGCGUUGCAAGCUUGAAGAGAUGGGUUUUAAAGACACUGACCCAGAUAACCAACCUUUUAGUCUUCAGGAGACUUAUGAAGCUAAAAGAAAAGAGUUUCUGGAGGACCUGCAUCGGAAAGAGGAAGAAAUGCGGCAGUUGUUUGUCAGCAGAGUGAAGGAGACAGAAUCUGAGCUGAAGGAAAAGGAGAGGGAACUUCAAGAUAAGUUUGCACAUCUGAAGAGGAUACACCAAGACGAGAACAGAAAGCUAGAGGAAAAGAGGAAGGAGCUGGAGGACGAGAUGAACUCCUUCAACAGGCGGAAGAUGGCAGUGGAAUCAUUGCAGCCUCAGGGAUACCAAGCAACUUCCCAGCAGCCUUUAAAGAAGGAUAAAGACAGAAAAAAUUAAGAUGCACAGGCUUACAUGACAAGAUUGGACUUGCAGGUUCAUGUCAUUUAGUUGCUUGAAUUGUCACCACAUGCCAUCCUUUUCUCUUAACAUUGUGAGCGGACCAAAGCAUACAGGAAACCUGGAGACUACACAGUUUACAGCUAAUCAAAUUCUUUUAAUAAGUGCUACAGGUAUAAUGUGAGACUUGUUUAUUCUAGAAGCUUGAAGCUCUCUAACCAUCUAUGCAACACCAUUUUGUAUAUAUACAGUUCUUAAAGAUGCUGUAUUUUUAAUAUGUUCAUAAUAUAACCUAUCUGGGACAGCCUUGUUUUAUGACUUUAUAGUAUUGACUUGGUAUGGUUUUGCUAUUUUUUUUAUUUGUUUUCCAAAAUAAGUCUGCAGUGGAAAUAAAAUGUACAACAAAUGCCCAUUUCCUCUCGCAUUUGAUGCAGAUAAAGUUUGACUCCACCGCAAGUGAAGUGGAGGGAAUAGAGUUGCUUUAGCGUUUAAAUGGCAAAAUAUUACAUGAGCUAAAAAAAUCAAUUUUCUUUAUUUUUCAAAUAUUAUACACAUUUUACAUACAUUUGAUAGAUAAAAAUGGCAAUCUAUUUAGUGCUAGGAGGAUGCUGACUUUUUAGGUCAGUGCAGGCUUCUUACUAACUGCUAUAGAAGGUACAGCCUUUAGUAGGAGUUCUUUAGCCUCUUGUGGUUCUCUGGCUUUUACUUUCACCCAGACAAAGCCUAACAAUGACCAUAGCCGGGGAAUAUCCAGAGACUCCUGCUGCCGGACCUUAUUUGUGUAAUCCAAGUAUUACCUAAAAUGGUGAAUAAUGUUGGAUUUUGCCAGAAGUGAAGGUGCUAGUUUACUUUUCUUAAAGCAAUAAAAAAGAAACCAUUAUUUUAUUUUGACAAGUUCUCAGUGUGGUGAUGUGUAGACUUUCACCAAGUGUUUUUCAUUCCAUUAUUUUUCUUUCAGUUCAUGUGGGCAGAUCAGCGUUUUUGUUCAUCGUUUUUAAAGCAUCAGUUCUAUACAUUGUCUACCAAUACAAGCACUUAGUUGUGUGUUUUUUUUUUUUCUUUUUAAUGUAUUUUUUUUGUAAACAAAGCUUAGGGUUCCGCAGCCUUAAAACAUUCAGGUUAUAUAUAUUUUGUCCUGGGUUUGUGCUUACCGCCAGUUUGUCUUACAACUUGGCAUUUUAUCCGUUUGCAUAUAAUGUCUUUUUUGGAACCAGCUUACACGUCGCUGUGCUUUUGUAAACGUAUUUGCCUAUAGUUCCUUUUGACAAAGUUGUUUUGACUGCUAUUAUUUUAAAAUAUAUCUUUAAGUGUAUGCAGGGAAGGCGUCCAGUUUUUUGCUUGCUUUGGGCCUUUGCUGUAGCAUUUCCCUGUCAAUAGGGCAUUUAUAAAGGAGCUAUCACCUAUAUGGUUUCUCCUCCUAUACUUUCUCCCGAAAUCGGCUAUCUACCUAGAAUUUUAUCAGCACAACAGAGCCCGGUGUCGGGUAUUUAAAGACAUACAAGAACUUGGCAGCAUUUUUUGGGGGGACACUAGCAUCUUUACUCCAAAUUUCUUAUCUGAAGCCUUGUGUCUGGAAAGUUCCUAGGGCUGAAAAGGUUAGAACUGACAAUCCAGAGUAUUUAUCUUUUUUUGUAGGUGAAGCCAUUUUACUAAGAAUGCUCUUCCAAAGCUGGCCAUACAUUAUACAGUUUUAUUAUAGUCGCAACUUACCCAAGGUGAUCGAUGGAUCAACUUGGAUUGAUUAGCCUGCUCAUACAUGGUUUGGUUUGAAUCUCGGCUGCUCCCUGCUGAACUGGUUGAGAGUCAAACCUUGGCUAUGGCUGGCUUAAGACUACCCGGUUAUCAUUGCACUAAAACGAUGGGUUGUCCAUAUGUGAAAUCGUGGGAAACCUGUCUGGAAGGAAAUAGAGGCUACACUGCUAACUUCCCUUUGAAAAUACUAGCUGAUUGGCUGUUAUCUUUACUCACUGGUUCAAUCAAGUGUUAGAAGAAAGAUCGCUUACCAAGGACAGCCGCCUCCAUGUCUCUCAUGUCUAGAUAAAACAUUAAACCCUAGAUACCUAUUGGAUAAAUACAUUUUUUCAUCCAGGCAUAACUGUAGUCCAUUUGUCUCCCUUUUGUCGGUAUUAUGAGAAUCCCUGCUUGGAAAAUAGGAGGGAACUUCCUAAAUGCACUUCCUGCACGCUGUCUCUCACGUACAGAAAACCUAAUGUAAGAAAAAAAGUACAGAAGCCACCUUCAGUCUGGAUAUGAUUAGUGAUGCAGAAAGACAGGCUUUAAGAGGUACACACCUUGUGAGGUGUUCCCUGUAUUCUGGUGCAUUGGACUGCAGAAAACUUGGAUCCAGGUACAAUGAAUUUUCUGACUUUGGCACUGAUUUUUGCAGUGCUUGCUGGAUACCAUUUCACUUUUUUUUUUUUUUUUUUUUUUUUCAUUAUUUCAGUUCACUGAUCUUUCAAUUGUUGCCUACAAUUAGACUCUAAAAAUAAGCUACAGAAAAGCACCUGACAUCUGCAUUCUGUUGUGCAUAGUUUAAGAAGCUGCAUUGUUUCUGCAAAGUGCACCAAAUGAACUGACAUAUGUAUAUAAUUGCAUGUUCUUUUUAAGGGCUCAUUUUUUGUGAAGGACUUUAAAAAAAAUAAA